ACCGAGAUCGAGACGAGAUCUGUGAGUGCAUGGAGUGUGAUGAGCUCCCAAUUAAUUUCAUGAACUUUGCAGAAAAUUUCAGGCCGCGGCUCAUCAUCAGGAGAGGUUGAGUUAGAGUGUGCCGUCCACCAAUAAUGUCGAAAUCACAGAAGAAGAAUCAAAAGCGAUCCAACAAGAAGCAUGGGCCUGAAGGAUUUGUGGUAGAGGAAACCAUCGGUGCAGGUGCAUCAGUGACGAAAAAGCAAGACCCCAUACAAGAGCUGAGAGAACAACUGGCACAGGCUAAGGCAGACAAGAAUCACGACCUAGCCAACAAGUUGAGACAACAGCUCUGGAUAGCUCAGGACCUUGCAGCAGGCUACAAGCCAAAUAUAUCCACCGAAGACGCAGACAGUCAAGAGGCCCUAGCUAAGGCAGUAGAGACAUUCUCCUCUCCGUCUAGUACUGCUGCAGCCAGGCUAGCUGCAGCUGGGCCUGCUGCUACGGUGCCAUCGACCUCCACUCUCGGAGCCGAUGAGAGGAAACUCAAGACGAUGCGCAAGAAGCUUGAGCAGAUUCAGGGCCUGAAGAAAAAACUGGAGCAGGGAGAGAAGCUGGAAGCCAAUCAGUUGGCAAAAAUCAAGACAGAGGAAUCAGUACUAGAGGAAAUUGAGCAUCUGCAGACCUUACUAAGCAUUCCGGUCAAGAGGUAACAGGAGAGGUUAUCGUCAUGGCGACUUACUGACAUCGCAGUUCUUACCAAAUAUUUGUGUCGAUUGGAAUCAUACAUGUAGAUAUGUACAUUGUACCCAAGGGUGCUAUGAAAGUUUCCUGGAUUUCCACUAAGAACAAUUUUUUUUACCCAAGAAAUCCUGUCGUUUGAGAUAAUACAAUUAAUAGCCGGUAUUUAUAGAUAUGUAUUUAUGGUGUUUAACUACUACCACAGCAUGGGGCAAGUUUGAUCAAGGACCAUAAUUAAUUAUAGUUAGGCUAAUUCUGAUCGAACACACUUUCUAGUCGAUGCUAGUCGACGUUGGCAGGCUAGUCGACAAUGGCAUGCAAGUUGACGUUAGUCGCACUACAGUGAG